ACCAUUGCAAGUCUCAUUACACAACAUGCCGAGAUUCAGUCUCUCACCCCCCUUCUCAAUGGGAUUUCAUCUGUUAGCUAUUGUAGCUCUCUUUUUUUUCCGUGUGGACCAUGUAAGUGCUGAGACAGAAAUGGAAGGAGAAGGAAAUGAAACUGGUGAAUGUACCGGCUCAUAUUACUGUAAGAAAGGAGUGAUCUUGCCCAUUUGGGAACCCCAAGACCCUUCUUUUGGGGACAAGAUUGCUAGAGCUACUGUAUAUUUUGUGGCCAUGGUCUACAUGUUUCUCGGCGUCUCUAUCAUAGCUGACAGGUUCAUGUCCUCCAUAGAAGUCAUCACAUCUCAAGAAAAAGAAAUAACCAUAAAGAAACCCAAUGGAGAAACCACUAAGACAACUGUGAGGAUCUGGAAUGAGACGGUUUCUAACUUGACUUUGAUGGCCCUGGGAUCCUCUGCUCCUGAGAUUCUCCUUUCAGUAAUUGAGGUGUGUGGCCAUAACUUCACUGCAGGAGACCUAGGUCCUAGCACCAUUGUGGGCAGUGCCGCCUUCAAUAUGUUUAUCAUUAUUGCACUUUGUGUUUACGUGGUCCCCGAUGGAGAGACAAGGAAGAUAAAGCAUCUGCGUGUAUUCUUUGUGACGGCAGCUUGGAGCAUCUUUGCCUAUACUUGGCUCUACAUCAUUUUGUCCGUCAUCUCUCCUGGUAUUGUGGAAGUUUGGGAAGGUUUGCUUACUUUCUUCUUUUUUCCCAUCUGUGUGGUGUUUGCUUGGGUGGCAGAUAGGAGGCUUCUGUUUUACAAGUAUGUCUACAAGAGGUAUCGGGCUGGAAAGCAGAGAGGAAUGAUUAUUGAACAUGAAGGAGACAGGCCAUCUUCCAAGACUGAAAUUGAAAUGGACGGCAAGGUGGUCAAUUCCCAUGUUGACAAUUUCUUAGAUGGCGCUCUGGUUCUGGAUGUCGAUGAGAGGGACCAGGAUGAUGAAGAGGCUAGGCGCGAAAUGGCCAGGAUUCUGAAGGAACUGAAGCAGAAGCAUCCAGAGAAAGAAAUAGAGCAAUUAAUAGAAUUAGCUAACUACCAAGUCCUAAGCCAGCAGCAAAAAAGUCGAGCAUUCUACCGUAUUCAAGCUACACGCCUGAUGACUGGGGCUGGCAACAUUUUAAAGAGGCAUGCAGCUGACCAAGCUAGGAAGGCUGUCAGCAUGCAUGAAGUCAACACGGAAAUGGCUGAAAAUGACCCGGUCAGUAAGAUCUUCUUUGAACAAGGGACAUAUCAGUGUCUGGAGAACUGCGGUACCGUGGCCCUGACCAUUAUCCGUAGAGGGGGUGAUUUGACCAACACUGUGUUUGUUGACUUCAGAACAGAGGAUGGCACAGCCAAUGCUGGGUCUGAUUACGAAUUUACUGAAGGGACUGUGGUCUUUAAGCCUGGGGAGACCCAGAAGGAGAUUAGAGUUGGCAUCAUCGAUGACGAUAUCUUUGAGGAGGAUGAAAAUUUCCUUGUGCACCUCAGCAAUGUCAAGGUAUCUUCGGAAACUUCUGAAGAUGGCAUAUUGGAAGCCAAUCAUAUCUCUACACUUGCCUGCCUGGGGUCUCCUUGCACCGCCACCGUGACUAUUUUUGAUGAUGACCAUGCAGGCAUCUUUACUUUUGAGGAAUCUGUGACUCAUGUGAGUGAGAGCAUUGGAAUCAUGGAAGUGAAAGUAUUGAGAACAUCUGGAGCCCGAGGAAAUGUUAUUGUUCCCUAUAAAACCAUUGAAGGAACUGCCAGAGGUGGAGGGGAGGACUUUGAGGACACUUGCGGAGAGCUGGAAUUCCAGAACGAUGAAAUUGUGAAGAUCAUUACCAUUAGAAUAUUUGACCGUGAGGAAUAUGAGAAAGAGUGCAGUUUCUCCCUUGUGCUUGAGGAACCAAAAUGGAUAAGAAGAGGAAUGAAAGCCCUGUUAUUGAAUGAGCUUGGUGGCUUCACAAUAACAGAGGAAUAUGAUGACAAACAGCCACUGACCAGUAAAGAGGAAGAGGAGAGGCGCAUUGCAGAAAUGGGGCGCCCCAUCUUGGGAGAACACACCAAGUUGGAAGUGAUCAUCGAAGAAUCCUAUGAGUUCAAGAGUACUGUGGACAAACUCAUUAAGAAGACAAACCUGGCCCUUGUGGUUGGGACAAACAGCUGGAGAGAGCAGUUCAUUGAAGCUAUCACUGUCAGUGCUGGGGAAGAUGACGACGAUGAUGAAUGUGGGGAGGAGAAGCUGCCCUCCUGUUUCGAUUAUGUGAUGCACUUUCUGACUGUAUUCUGGAAGGUCCUCUUUGCCUUCGUCCCUCCUACAGAAUACUGGAAUGGCUGGGCUUGCUUCAUUGUCUCCAUCCUCAUGAUUGGCCUACUGACAGCUUUCAUUGGAGACCUGGCUUCCCACUUUGGAUGCACCAUUGGCCUGAAAGAUUCCGUGACUGCAGUUGUAUUCGUCGCACUUGGAACUUCAGUGCCAGACACCUUUGCCAGCAAAGUGGCUGCCACCCAGGACCAGUACGCAGACGCCUCCAUAGGUAACGUCACUGGCAGCAACGCGGUGAACGUGUUCCUGGGAAUCGGAGUGGCCUGGUCCAUCGCUGCCAUCUACCAUGCGGCCAACGGGGAACACUUCAAAGUGUCCCCUGGCACACUAGCUUUCUCGGUCACUCUCUUCACCAUUUUUGCUUUCAUCAAUGUGGGGGUGCUGCUGUAUCGGCGGAGGCCAGAAAUCGGAGGUGAGCUGGGUGGGCCCCGGACUGCCAAGCUCCUCACAUCCUGCCUCUUUGUGCUCCUGUGGCUCUUGUACAUUUUCUUCUCCUCCCUGGAGGCCUACUGCCACAUAAAAGGCUUCUAAAGGAACAAGCAGAUAUAGCAAAUUUAUAUAUAUAUAUACAUAUAUAUACAUAAAAAUUAUGUAUAAUGAACAGAGGAAACUGACAUUUGUCAUGUUCACUUACCUGCUGAUGGAAUCCAGCUUCAAGAGCAUACUCUGUACUAGGGCCGAAGUGAGAAACCAUCACCUCCCAUUCCCGGGGCAUCUUCAUGUUGAACAAGACAUGGCAGCAGGGUCAUCACUGCAGCUCAGCCUAGCAGGGCUGUACUCUCCAGGUUCAUAAAUUGCUAAGGCUUUGAUAUGUUUUCUUGUUUUUGAUGUUGUUUUCAGUGCGGUUGGGGAGGUGGUUAAUAUCUGGCUUUUGUUUGAUUUUGUUUUCUUGGGAAGAUCAAGGUUUUGCUUCUCUUUAUAGGAAGUGAUGACCCAUCCAAAUGUAACUGGGUUUUU